AUGGACCCGAAGCCGAUAAUCACUUUCCUUCUCUUAAUCUCGGCAACCGUCAUCGCAGCCCAAGAAUACGUCCGGCCUCCGCCUCGCAAAGCCCUCCAUUUUCCAUGGAGCCGAAAACCCUCUUCUCUUCCCCAGCAGGUGCACAUCUCUUUAGCAGGGGACAAGCACAUGCGAGUGACUUGGAUCACUAAUGAUAAAUCUGCUCCGUCAAUUGUUGAAUAUGGAACAUCGUCAGGGAAGUACAGUUCUGUAGCUCAAGGAGAAAGUACCUCUUAUAGUUAUCUGCUCUAUAGAUCAGGAAAGAUACACCAUACUGUCAUUGGCCCUCUUGAACAUGGCACCGUUUACUUUUAUCAAUGUGGAGGACAAGGUCCUGAGUUUCAGUUCAAGACCCCUCCAGCUCAAUUUCCAAUUACUUUCGCCGUGGCUGGAGAUAUGGGACAAACUGGAUGGACAAAGUCAACCCUAGACCACAUUGAACAGUGCAAAUAUGAUGUGCAUCUGCUUCCUGGAGAUCUUUCAUAUGCUGAUUACAUGCAGUCCCGAUGGGAUACAUUUGGUGAGCUGGUGCAGCCACUGGCAAGUGUAAGGCCAUGGAUGGUAACCCAAGGGAACCAUGAAAAGGAGAAUAUACCAUUGUUAAAAGAUGGGUUUGCAUCCUAUAAUUCCCGAUGGAAAAUGCCAUAUGAAGAGAGUGGAUCAAGUUCGAAUCUUUACUAUUCCUUUGAAGUUGCAGGUGUUCAUGCUAUCAUGCUCGGUUCAUAUACUGAUUACGAUGAGUAUUCAGAUCAAUACAGGUGGUUGAAGGCUGAUCUUUCAAAGGUAGACCGUCAGAAGACACCUUGGCUGGUUGUUCUCUUUCAUGUUCCCUGGUACAAUAGUAACAAGGCUCAUCAAGGUGAAGGGGACAGCAUGAUGGCAGCAAUGGAGCCAUUACUGUAUGCUGCCAGUGUGGAUAUAGUGCUCGCUGGUCAUGUUCAUGCUUAUGAACGCACGAAACGUGUGAACAGUGGAAAAUCAGAUACAUGCGGCGCUGUCCACAUAACCAUUGGUGAUGGAGGAAACAGAGAAGGUUUAGCUCACAAGUAUAUAAACCCAUCUCCUGAGUGGUCAGUUUUCCGGGAAGCAAGUUUUGGUCAUGGGGAGCUCAAGAUAGUGAAUUCGACCCAUGCCUUUUGGACCUGGCAUAGGAAUGAUGAUGAUGAGCCUGUAAGGUCUGAUCAGGUCUGGAUAACCUCAUUGGUCAGUUCUGGAUGUGUUGCUCAGAAGAGACAUGAACUAAGGAGUAUACUUGUGGCGCCAUAG